CCUCUGACACUCUAUAUACAUACACAAACACAUCACCAAAAUACCAAAAGAGAGAAUGACAGGACAAGAGGUGAUCCUACUAGACUUCUGGCCAAGCCUGUAUGGUCAGAGGGCCAGGAUAGCUCUAGCUGAAAAGGGUGUUCCUUAUGAAUACAGAGACGAGAAUUUACGGAACAAAAGUCAGCUUCUUUUGGACAUGAAUCCUGUUAACAAGAAAAUCCCAGUUUUGAUCCACAAAGGCAAGCCCAUUUGUGAGUCUAGAAUCAUUGUUGAAUAUAUUGAUGAAGUUUGGAAUGAUAAAGCUCCUCUGCUUCCUUCUGAUCCUUAUGCUAGAGCUACUGCAAGAUUUUGGGUUGACUUUAUUGACAACAAGCUAUACCCAACUGGGAGGAAAGUCUACACCACAAAAGGGGAAGAACAGGAGGCAUCCAGGAAAGAGUUCAUAGAUUUCCUGAAGCUGCUCGAGGGAGAGCUUGGAGACAAACCUUACUUUGGAGGUGACAGUUUCGGCUACGUUGAUGUAUCUUUCAUCCCAUUUUAUUCAUGGUCUCAAGCCUAUGAAACCUAUGGGAACUUCAGCUUUGAACAAGAGUGCCCAAAGUUGUUUGCUUGGGCUAAAAGAUGCAUCCAGAAUAAAGAGAGUGUGUCUAAGACUCUUCCCGAGUUGCCAAAGGUCGUUGACUUUGUUAAGUACUUGAGACAGAGAUUUGGAUUUGAUGAUUAAAACUUAAAGCAUACAAUAAACACUUAAAUGUGUCUUUCUGAGUUGCCUUUAAAUAAAGAUUGUCGUACUUAGAAUCA